GAAAGUUGCUGAAGUAUUUCUCGUGUGUCUGUUCAGCAGCUUCAGUGUUUUUCUGUAACAGAAGUAAAACUGAAAACAGUUCAUGCUGUCAAACAAUUACAAAUCAAUUAUUUCAACAAUUAUUGUGCGAUUAAAAUAUAAAUUGUGUGCUUCUGGACCGAUAGGUUUGUAUGGUAGGUAUAAAGGCAUCACUGCUUUGACACGUGUAGCCUAUAGCAACACUUAAUAAAAAGGUUAAAUAAAUGCAUGUUUUUAAAUUCACUUAUCAGUAACCGUGUUAAAUAAAAUUAAUCGUGAUUAUGAUUUCACCCAUAAUCGAGCAGCCCUACUGUCCAAGUAAUAAAACUCAAAACCUCAUGAACUUUAGUUAGGUGCUCAUCUCGCAUGUGUCUUUACAAAGUUUCUGCUUUGACAGUAAAAGUAAAAUAUCAUCAUCUGAUCUGUAGUGAGUUUAUAACUUUACAGUGUAUAAUAGUAACAAGUCAUCUUUAAUAUUAACACUGAUACAUUUUGUGUGUUCUCUAUAUAUAGACACCUUACAGUACACAAUAGAUUGUGAUAUGAAAAACAUCAAUGUAUGUCAUGUGGUGGGCUUUCAAGUUAAAAAAUAAUUUGACGAUGGAUAAAAACAAGCAUGAGUUAGUUUCCUCACAUCAUCAGACAUACACAUGACUGUAAAUCCUUCAUUUCUCAGUGCUGGACAAACACUUUAUAUCACUGUAAAAAUAAAUGAUCUGAAGUGAGACUGUAUAUAACAAUGAAGAGUCUGUCUGCGUCAUUCAGCUUCCUGUUAAGCAGGAGAUUUAUCUGACAGAUUUAAUGGGAUCUGCACGGCCCGCCUUAUAUCUGCGAAUGCAUGAUGAUGAUGAUGAUGACGUGUACAUAUGAAGAUGACAAGUAAACAUGCUGAGAUUCGACUACUGUCAGGUCCACAUGUACACAUAACAUAUUCUCAUUUAUAUAUCAGAUGGUUUUAAUUCACACUUAAUGUGUGUAGACUUGUGUUUGCUUCUCAUGUUUGAAACCAACACGUAUAAUGAAAUCAGGUCAGGUGUCAGGAUUAUUUUUAUCAGAUGUAUUUGUGUUAUGUUAAAUAAUGAAUGGAAUGUGUUGUAUGGGUGUGCCGCAGAUGGGCAGGUUGUGUUGUGAUGCGGUUUUACUGGUUUUCAUCCUCCAGCACACAAACAUUUGACAAAACAAACCAACAACAGCGAACAACAGAUGAGUUUGUGUCAUUCACUGUGAUUCAUUGAGAUCAAAUCAUCGCUGGAGAAACAUCUUAACAUCUGGUGUGAGCGAGAUGUUGUGUUGUAAAUAACUGAGAUGUUAAUGGACUUUAUGAAUCUGGAGGAGCUGUAAAGCAUCAUCUUUACACUGUCAGGAUGUAUUAUAUGGAUAUGACGCCCAAAAAGACCAAUGGGCAGCGUUUGGUGCGAUCCAGACCCGUGAUGCGAUCCAGACCCGUGGUGCGUACAAAACGUAUGGGUUUCACACAGCGUUCACACGAGCCGUACUCAACCAGACAAACUCAACCGGUUAUCAGGGACUCCAGCGUCACCGCAAUGAAUGUUGAGUCCUGGACGGAGCCUCAGCCGGAUUCAACGGAGCGUCUGACAUCACAGCCGCAGGAGUCGGAUCCGUUAUGUCUGGAGUCUUUCUGGAGUGAAGUGGAGAUCAUACAACAACACAUCAGUGAUUCAGAGACGGACAUCAGCAGACGAGACUCAAGACAAUCUGAAGAGGGUGAGCAGGAGGAGCUCUGGCUUCAGGAUGCUGGUUUGUCUCCACUGGUGACGGGUGAAGAAGAAGAGGUGGAUAAAGUCGUUUUGUUGUCCACGCUGACCAGGACACAAGCUGCAGCGGUUCAGAGGCGCAUUGAUUCAUACACCUGCUCACUGCGCAAGAGAAACAAAACAACACCUCCACACGUCAAAGACAUCUUUACUUCACCCAUCAGUCAGACUGCAGUGCCUGAAACACACAACAGUGAGUCUGACACACACAGACACAUGGAGAACAUCACAAAGACCCAGAGAUCAGCUGUCAGUGUUCAGGAGUGUUCAGCUCAACAGAAGGAUGAGAUCUUUAUCACAGAUGUGGCGUAUUGUGAACAGGCGGCCAUCUUACUAAAACAAUCCAAACUACCACAACACAACAGCAGUGAGUGGAGGAGAGAUGAUGGAGCUCUGCCGAGAGUGAUCUGCCCACAGUGUCGUCUGGGAGUGACGCGGGUGGUGGAUUUAUCCCAGCAGGACAUGAAGAAGGUCCGUCAGUUGGCUCUGAUUGACAUGACGGCUCUUUGUGAUGUGCUGGAACUCGAGGUCAAACGACACAAAACUUGCAAAAGGAAAAUUGCUGAGAGUUGUUUGUUUGGUGUUCCUCUCACCUCAUUGGUGGAGAACGAUCAGAAGACCAAACCUAAUCUUCAGAUUCCUCUGUUUCUUCAAACACUUCUGUCUCUUCUGGAGAAGAAAGGUCUGGAGUCUGAGGGGAUUCUGAGGGUUCCAGGAUCUCAGGCCAGAAUCAAAGUUCUUCAGCAGAAUUUGGAGAAGUCGUUUUAUGGAGGUUCAUUCUGUUGGGAUGACGUCAGUCCAAAUGAUGCUGCAGCGCUCCUGAAGAAAUUCAUCCGUGAGCUUCCAGCUCCACUGCUGACCGCUGAACAUCUCGACACGUUCAGUGCUGUCAGAGAUAUUGCAGACUUGAAACAGAAGUUGCAUGUGUUGAAUUUGCUUGUGCUGCUACUGCCAGAAGCCAACAGAAACACACUUAAGGCUCUGCUGGAGUUUCUCAGUAAAGUGAUCUUUCAUGAGCGUAGAAACCGUAUGAAUCUGUGGGCCGUCUCCACCAUCAUGGCUCCAAACCUCUUUCUUCAUAAAGCAGUGCCCAGUAAACUGACAACAGACGGUCAAGAGAAAGGUCAGGCAGAACGGGCCGCCGACAUCAUGAGACUCCUCAUACGCUAUCAAGACCUGCUGUGGACGGUGCCAAACUUCCUGAUGAGUCAGGUGAGGAAACUGAACGAGAACAACAGUCGCCGCUAUCAGUUUUACGACAAACGCAUCAAGAACCUGCUCAAGAAGAUCCACACAGACAACAAAGACAAACCUGAGAAAAACUCUGCUGAGCCUUGUCGUACAGUAAAGGUUCAGCUGGGAGAUGUGAGUUUUUCAAUGGAGUUUCGUCUCACCAUUAAUUCUCGCGCUUCAGAUCUGAUGUCACAGUUUUAUAAAGAACUACACACUUCUGACAACAGCAAGAGUUUAUUAAAACGAAAUGGUAUGACAUCAUCUCCAGACUGUGCCAUCUAUGAAGUGGGUGGAAAUAUUGGUGAACUCUGUGUGAAUCCAGAUACACAUUUAUUUGAUCUUUAUAAUAACAACCCCAGUGGUGAAUGGAUCAUUAAAGUCCGAUCAGACAGCAGAGGGCAGUAGAGAGACACACAACACAACACAACACAACACAACUCCCCAUCACAAUGUGAAACAGAUGAAAGUGUUUUUCUUCUUAAACUUCACCUCAAUGAGAAGCUGUGAGAUUCUCUGAAGAAUAAAUUAAUCCUCAAUGACACACAGGAAGUGAUGUCACAAAACAUUCAUAAUGUAAUGAAGCUGGACUUCUGCAUUUAAAUGGACAAACGACGACUUCAGAUUGUAUGGCACUACUAAUGUUGUUUAUUUAUUAACUGUUAGUGUACGGUUGUGUUUGUUAUGUGAGGGAAAUGAAUGACUGAGGUGUUAUUUUGUACAGAUUUUGUGCCUGACAGUAUUAAACAUGUCAUUCAUUUGAAUCUUAUUGCUAUAAGCUUUUUCUGAAACAGACUUUAUCAUCUGUAGACGGUGUUGACCUUCAGUGUUUCUGUAUCACAUUUAAAUGACUGUUAUUGUACAGUUUUGAUGAAUGUUUUUAACACUUCUGGAUCUUUGAUACACACACACACACACAUCUCUCUCAGGCAGCAUGUUAUAUUUAAAGUGAUGUAUUAACAGUUUGAUGAUGAAUUAUUUCCAGAUCUUUUGUUGUCUGAAUGCUGAUAACAGUGACAUUAAAUCUCAUGAUCUGUGUCUGUAGUAAAAACAUGCUGAAGUUUUGUUGACAUUACAUCACUGAACUGAAGCCCAAUACAAACAGCACAUGUGUUGUGUUGUGUUGUUGUGUUAAGACACGUUUGACAUUUUUACACAAUAAGAGUGUGUGAGUGCUGUAGUGUCACAGCUGAAUGAUCAGAGACAAAGAUCUUCAGUCUGAAUCAGAUGUAGGUCAUCACUGUGACCAUCACAAACACAUGGACGAUUCCCACACACACACAUUAAAAUAACACACAGAUACACAACUCUUACAGUGUUAUUCAUCAUUUAUCAUAAAUAUAUUUCAUCUGUUUAGAAAUGAAAGCUCUUCAGAUGUUGAAUUCUGCUUGUAUGUCAUUGUGGCUUUGUGAAGGAUUUUGUAUCUGUCAUUUAAUAAAUUUGAGGAGGAGGAGUUUGUUAACGGAA